AUGGACGGCGCUGGGAAGCCCAACUCCUCGUCCAGCAGCCGGGACGACGGCAAUAGCGUCUUCCCCGUGAAACCCCCCUCCUCGGGGGCUGGGGCCGCUGGGGCCGCGGCAGAGAAGAACCUGGGUAGCCCCCCGGGGGGCGGCGGCGGGGGCAGCACCAAAGAGCAUGGCAACUCCGUGUGCUUCAAGGUGGACGGGGGCAGCAGCGGCAGCGCGGGCGCCGGCGGCGAGGAGCCGGUGGUGGGCUUUGAGGAUGCCGAGGGACCCCGGCGGCAGUACGGCUUCAUGCAAAGGCAAUUCACCUCCAUGCUGCAGCCGGGCGUCAACAAAUUCUCCCUCCGCAUGUUCGGCAGUCAGAAGGCGGUGGAGAAGGAGCAGGAAAGGGUUAAAACUGCAGGUUUCUGGAUUAUCCACCCUUAUAGUGAUUUCAGGUUUUACUGGGAUUUAAUAAUGCUUAUAAUGAUGGUUGGAAAUCUUGUCAUCAUACCAGUUGGCAUCACAUUCUUUACAGAGCAAACAACAACUCCAUGGAUUAUUUUCAAUGUGGCAUCAGACACCGUUUUCCUGUUGGACUUGAUAAUGAAUUUUAGGACUGGGACUGUCAAUGAAGACAGUUCUGAAAUCAUCCUAGACCCUAAAGUUAUCAAGAUGAAUUAUUUAAAAAGCUGGUUUGUUGUUGACUUCAUCUCAUCGAUACCAGUGGAUUAUAUUUUUCUCAUCGUAGAAAAAGGAAUGGACUCAGAAGUUUACAAGACAGCCAGAGCCCUUCGAAUUGUGAGAUUUACAAAAAUUCUUAGUCUCUUACGAUUAUUACGACUUUCACGAUUAAUUAGAUAUAUACAUCAGUGGGAAGAGAUUUUCCAUAUGACGUAUGAUCUAGCCAGUGCGGUGGUGAGAAUAUUUAACCUCAUUGGAAUGAUGCUUCUCCUUUGCCACUGGGAUGGCUGUCUUCAGUUCUUAGUACCAUUACUACAGGACUUUCCAUCAGAUUGCUGGGUGUCCUUAAAUAAGAUGGUCAAUGACUCCUGGGGAAAGCAAUACUCAUAUGCACUCUUCAAAGCUAUGAGUCACAUGCUAUGCAUUGGUUAUGGAGCCCAAGCUCCAGUCAGUAUGUCAGAUCUCUGGAUCACCAUGUUGAGUAUGAUUGUAGGGGCCACUUGUUAUGCCAUGUUUGUCGGCCAUGCCACCGCAUUAAUCCAAUCUCUGGAUUCCUCAAGGAGACAAUAUCAAGAAAAGUACAAACAAGUGGAACAAUACAUGUCAUUCCACAAGUUACCAGCUGAUAUGCGCCAGAAGAUUCAUGACUACUAUGAACACAGGUAUCAGGGCAAAAUCUUCGAUGAGGAAAACAUCCUCAGUGAGCUUAAUGAUCCUCUGAGAGAGGAAAUUGUCAACUUCAAUUGUAGGAAGUUGGUGGCCACAAUGCCACUUUUUGCUAACGCUGAUCCCAAUUUUGUGACUGCCAUGCUGAGCAAACUAAGGUUUGAGGUUUUCCAGCCUGGAGAUUAUAUUAUUCGAGAAGGAGCUGUGGGUAAAAAAAUGUACUUCAUCCAACAUGGUGUUGCUGGUGUCAUCACUAAAUCCAGUAAAGAAAUGAAACUGACGGACGGCUCUUACUUUGGAGAAAUUUGCCUUUUGACAAAAGGUCGACGGACGGCCAGUGUCAGAGCUGAUACUUACUGCCGCCUCUAUUCACUGUCUGUGGACAAUUUCAAUGAGGUGUUGGAGGAGUACCCCAUGAUGAGGAGAGCCUUCGAAACAGUAGCCAUUGACCGACUAGAUCGGAUAGGAAAGAAGAACUCAAUUCUUCUGCAGAAGUUCCAGAAGGAUCUGAAUACUGGUGUUUUCAACAACCAGGAGAAUGAGAUCCUAAAGCAGAUCGUGAAGCACGACAGGGAAAUGGUGCAGGCCAUUGCCCCUAUGAAUUUUCCCCAAAUGCCAACCCUGAAUUCCAGCGCUUCGACCACAACUCCCGCCUCCCGAAUGAGGACGCAAUCGCCUCCCGUUUACACAGCCACCAGCCUGUCUCAUAGCAACCUGCAUUCUCCGAGUCCCAGCACCCAGACCCCGCAACAAGCCGUCAUCCUGUCACCUUGCUCCUACACCACGGCGGUCUGCAGCCCCCCGGUCCAGAGCCCUCUGGCAGCUCGAACUUUUCAAUACGCCUCCCCAACCGCUUCCCAGCUGUCCCUGAUGCAGCAGCAGCCGCAGCCCCAGCAGCAGCAGCAGCCACAGCCGCAGCCACAGCCACAGCAGCAGCCACAGCAGCAGCCACAGACCCCCACUAUCUCCUCCCAGAAAAAUGAGGUGCACAGGAGUACCCAGGCUCUUCACAACACCAACCUGACCAGAGAGGUCAGACCCUUAUCGGCCUCUCAGCCUUCUCUGCCUCAUGAGAUCUCCACUCUGAUUUCCAGACCUCACCCCACAGUAGGGGAGUCUUUAGCCUCCAUCCCACAGCCUGUCUCUGCUGUCCAUGGCACAGGCAUUCAGGCAGGGGCCAGGGGUAGCGUCUCGCAGAGAAUCACCCUUUUCCGCCAGAUGUCUUCAGGAGCAAUCCCUCCCAACCGAGGAGCGGUCCCAGCUCCCCCACCAACAGCAGCUACACCACAGAGAGAUUCCUCCACAGUCUUAAGUACAGACCAAGAAGGAGACAAACCACGAUUUGCUUCAAAUUUAUGA